AUGGCCACUGGCAGUAACCCUGGUCCCAACAUCCCACAUCAGCCCGCAGUGAAUAUCGAACACACUCAAGACUUCAAAAUUGAAUUCCACCCUCAUAGCGGCCGUGAACCGCUCUAUCAAAGGUUUGAGGAGUUCGGUGUCACACCAGAGACACAGGCUCCUCCUGUUGAUGAAACACCUUGGCGCCCAUUCCGAUCAUGCGGAGAUUUCGAGUUUUCUGAAAUCGCGCUCAAUGCUGCUCUCAACAAGGGUCAGGUUGACAGGCUACUGAGCCUUAUCGCUCGCAUUGCGCAGGGCGACACUCAGUUUAUCAAACAUGAAAUUGUUGUACCAUACAAGAAGGAGCAACGGGUUUUCGAGGUACAUGCGAGGCCGCUAUGGGACUGGGCGCUCGACCUUUUGGAUAACCCACUACUCGCACCCCAUUUUGUUUGGGACGCGCAGCGCGUCUUCAAACAUAAUGACACGGACUUUGAGUGCUUUUUCAAUGAACCGUGGACUGGUGAUCGGUGGUGGGAUAUCCAAUCUCAUCUCCCACCAAAUCUUGACGGUGCUGCUCCCUUUUGCUUUAUACUAUAUGCAGACAAGACCAAGUUGUCUUCGCAUGGCACCAUGAAAGGAUAUCCGGUGAUGGCUCACUGCAUGAAUUUACCUGUCGACAUUCGAAAUGGCGAGGGCAUGGGCGGUGGUCGGGUUGUCGGUUGGCUACCAAUCAUCGACGAAGAAGCAUCCGAGCAGGGGAAGCCAGGUUACAUCAAUUUCAAGCGCAUUGUAUGGCACGAAGCGUUCAUCAAGCUUUUCACCAAUCUCGAUAAAUAUUCAAAGACUGGAUAUUCAUACAUGUGCUAUGACAAAAAAUUGUGCUGGUUAUUCCCUGUGAUACUAAUACUAUCUGCAGACUACGAAGAACAGUGCAUGAUGUCUCUUAUUCACGGUGCACAGUGCAAGUGCCUGUGCCCUGUAUGCCUCGUACCACGCGAAGAACUUUCCGAUUUGUCCAAGACUCACGCCAUUAGGUCCGCAAAAGACGCACAGGCUGCACUCGAUGUUUACCGACAGAGCAAAUCUCAAGGCGAGGCACUUUUGAAAGCGCUAGGAUUACGCGCAGUAGCUAACUUCCUCUGGAUUGUCGAGCAGUCUGACCCUCAUGAUGCAAUGAGUGUUGACAGGCUGCACACAGUGCAUAGCGGUAUGGGAGGGCAUCAUGUGCUGGGAGAGUUAAAGGCUAUCCUUGAUGAUGUUGGACGAGAAGCCCAAGUGGCAGUUGAGAAAUCAUACAUUAUUUCUUCUUCAGAAUUCCCUCAGUGGCAUGAUCUCAAUCAUUUCACGACCGUCAUCCAUGUCGCAUUUACGGAUGGCAACAAAAAGCGCGACUUGGUCAUGGUAAGUUCAAAUGAGUCAGAUAGAUAUAUGCUUGGCUAA